AAUCUCAAAUUCUUUAAAGAGAAAAAAUUUACCUUUUUACAACCCCAAAUGUGAAAUCUUGAAAAGGGGUGUAAUGGUAGUUGAAUUAACAUCACCACAAACAUUAAACUCCAACAAGAAACCAAACAAGCUAAGAUCUAUUAGAUUUCCAAGACUGUCUUUCUUGAAAAAAACAUCCUCAAAUUGCUCAAAAAAAUCCAAGUUUUCUUGUCUAUCCAUUGUUCCAACAAGUAAUAACUCAACCCCAGAGCAACUAAGUCCAAUCAAAAUGCCAGAUUUAUCACCAAAUUAUAUGAAGAUUACAACUAGCUAUGAUGCAAAGAAAGGAAGUAAUUCUCAGAGAGGUAUUGGAUCAGUAGAUGUAAAUUCAAUUGAUUCAUCUGAAUUUUGUACACCAAAAAAGGAUGACAAAAUCAAGAACAGAUCAGUAAUGAAAAAAAUAAUGAAGAAUUUUGGUAGUACAAGGUCAUUUAGAAGAAGGUCAUCAAGAUCAAUAACAACAAUGAAGAAUCAUAAUACUCAAAAUCCAUCUUCAGUUGAGUUUUCAGAAUUAUCAUCAUCACCAUCACCAUCACCAUCACCACAUUACAGAAAAUCAACUUGUUGUUCUCAAGGUAAAAAUGGUUUACAUCAUAGUUGUGAAUCUAGCUUUGAUAGUAGUGAUCAAAGUAGGAGUCCGCGAAAAUAUUCGCAGACUCUAUCAAGAACAACUAGUAUGAGAAGUGUGAAGAUUUUGAUAAACAAAGCUAGUUUUAAAUCUAAAAAGGGUAGCUCAAAAUGCUGUCAAAUUCCUGAUAAGGCGACGUGUUCUUCGACUAUUAAGGAUUCUAAGUUUAAGGAGCAUGUUGAGUUUCAUCCUGGAAAAACUGAAACUGAUAGGUUGUCUAAGUUCAAAGUUUGUUCAUAUCAUCAUUGUUCUCUCCAUGGAGGACACUAUGAUGAUCCUUCACCCCCCGUGAAACGCGUAUAUAGGAGGAAAAGAUUGUUGAAAUCACAAAAGAGCAUUAGAGCAAAAAGAGAGUUUAGUACUGCUGAUGAAAAUACUCAAUUGAGCUCCAGUGUUGAUCCUUCAGUUUGUGGACAAAGCAGUGCUGCAGAAGAUGCUGGUGGUUUCGAUGUAAACGAGGCUAUUGAACAUGCUGAUCUUGUUGAGAUUGACUUUGGUGAACAACAAAGCAGUGGAACAGAAGAUGCUGGUGUUUUCGAUGUAAACGAGGCUAUUGCAUAUGCUGAAAUUGACUUUGGUGAAACAUCAUUUCCGGAGCAAAGUUACAAGGAGACACUCAACAUAAUGAGCAAACACUCUGCACUAGAGAAGGACAGCCGACUUACUGCUUCAGAGUGUUGCAAUUGUAUGGCACGAGGGCGGAGUGACUCAAAAGAUGACAGUGUUACAGAAUCAGCUGCAUUCAGUCUCGUGCAGGAAAGGGAUCGUUCACAUCUCCUAAAGCAAGAUGAUGGUGUCUCUACAUCUAAUGGGGAUGAAAGUAGUAAACGAGAACUGUCUAAAGAUGUGCCAUUUACCAUGACAACGAGAUCGGUGUUUGAUCUUUUUAAUGGAGCAAAAUAUAGCAAUGUUACAGAAUCAGCUGCUAAAUCUGAUAACAAUGAAACUAACAACAGAGAACCGUCUAAAGAUGGACCAUUCACCAUCACAACGAGACCGGUGUUUGAUAUUUUUUAUGGAGCAAAAUGUAGCAAUGAAAUCUCUUCUGUUUCAGCUAGCAAUAUGCAGGAGAAGGAUGGUAAAGCUGAUCCGAACGAGGACCUUGAUAGCACAUCAGGUCCAGUUGGUGAUUCAAAAUCCCAGAAUUGUCCUCCAGCUGAAGUUGUCAGACCCAAAAAGAAGUACAUGAACAUGUGGAGUCUGAUUCGUAGGCAUAUGGUCUCGGACUCAUCUGCUGAACCUGAGACCAAACCAGCCAGUGGUGCUAACGACGAAGAAAAUCAACAGGAUGGUGCUAACAAAUUGCCUUCGGCAGGAAGUUCUGACUCAUAUUCAGAUUUUGCUGAAAGAGAAAUGAUACCUGCAAAUGAGGAUGCAGAAAGUCAAGAAAUCGAAUUGAGGAAGCUUUUCACCAUCAAACUCGUACGAGAAGCAAUCGAGAAGAUUCUUCUUCCAGAAGUUCAAUCUGAUAGCCAAUCAGUUACAAGUGAGUCCAGUGUAGACCAAGAAUCCUUUGAAAUGAAUCAAAUCCAAGACAGCAAGAAUGAGGAGGCAGAUGCAGGAUCCAUGUCAAAAACUGUGAAGACAGAAGAUGUUGGCGGCUCGAAGAAGGAGAUAACACCAAAAGUAGUGAAAAACAAAUCCGAGAAGAGAGCACCAAAACACUGGAGCAAUCUUAAAAAAUGGAUACUUCUCCAACGAUUCGUCAAGGAAUUGGAGAAGGUUAGAAAGAUCAAUCCAAGGAAACCGCGGUAUUUGCAGUUGAAUCCUGAUCCUGGAGCAGAAAAGGUGAAUUUAAGAACUCAAACAGCUGAUGAGAGGAAAAGAGGAGAGGAAUGGAUGCUUGACUACGCGCUUCAGCAGGCGAUAAGUCAACUUGCUCCAACUCAGCAAAGGAAAGUGGAACUUCUUAUAAAAGCGUUUGAAACUGUGGUUCCACCACAAGGCGACAAUAGCCAGAUUGCAUUUUCUAAGCCCAGAGCUAGAAAAGAGAAUGAAUUCAUGUCUACAGCAGGCAAUACGGGGCGUAAGGCAGAGAAAGUUAUUGCAGGCAUAGACAGAAAGCUUGAAGAAAAUGACUGCUCUAUGUACAAAGAUCAUGAUGUUCGACAGUCUGUACUUAGGCAGAAGUCGGAUGAAGUGACAAGCGCUUUGAAUGAUGAGGAUUUGGUGGAAGGAAAAGCUCGGAAAGAAGAUGAGGAAGAUAGUUCAAAUGAUUCUAUGAAAGAAACCUCUGAUGCAGUUGAUGGAGCACGAGAAGAUGUGGGGUCAGAUGUGAGAGACAGGAAGUUGGAGCUUGAGAAUCAUGACAGCGUUACUGGUGAAACAUCUAAUACAACGCAGAGCUCAAUUGCAGAUGGCGACCAAAAUUCACUAACUGCAAUGAGCAUCCAGAGUUCAACUUCAGCAUCUGAUGCAACAAUGCAAGAAACUGUAACUAGGGAAGAGACAGCAAAAGAAUGUGAGAAAACACGUAAACCUCUUCGUGGAUUUUCUCUCUUACUAUCAAUGUCUGAUACCAAAGAAGAUGAUGGAGCAUCCAAGGGGCAGGCGGACAAACGGAGUUACAUCAGCAUGUGGCACAUGAUAUCACAACAUGUGCUAUCAGAUGUUGCAUCAAAAGUUGGAAAUGAACUACUUGAUGGAACUGAUGAUGAGGUAGAAGACAGCAGUAGUACACCAUCUGAAAGGAAAAUGUGCAACUCUCUCGAGGAUUUCUCUGAGACAAAGGAUGAUGCAGAGUCAAACAGGGAAGAUCAUAAUCCAAGCCACCACGGGAGAAGUUUCUGCAGAGACGAUGCUGUCAAACUCAUACGAGAGGCAGUUAACGAGAUCCUUACAACGCCAAUUCAAGAUGAUUCAUCAGAUACACAGUCAGUCACCAGUGACAUAAUCCCGGACCAGGAACUCUCAGAAGCUGAAGGUGAAGCGAAUAAUCAUUCAAAUUCUACAGAAAGCUUGACAAAUCUUGACAUGACUGAAGGUGAAAAAAUGUUGGAUCAAGAAAUGAAGGAUCCAAAAGAAGAGAGAGCACUUCCACUAGCCAAGAACAAACCUGAGACACAAAAGUCCAAGAACUGGAGCAAGCUGAAGAAGUUGAUCCUCCUCAAGAGAUCAAUCAAGGCACUUGAAAAAGCGAGGAAAUUCAACCCACGAGCGCCUCAAUUUCUGCCCCUAACACCUGAUCAAGAACCAGAAAAAGUGGAUUUGAGGCAUCAAAUGACUGAUGAGAGGAAAAAAGCAGAAAAAUGGAUGCUUGAUUAUGCAAUGCAGCAUAUAGUUACCACGCUAACACCUGCUAGGAAAAAAAGAGUGGCAAUGCUUGUGGAAGCAUUCGAAGCAGUUGUUCCUCU